AUACUUUUUUUACAUACUGUACGUCGGGUAAAUGUUUACAUGCCCACCAAACUGCACAACGCGAGCUGAAAAUAUGUGAAUUAUGCAUCAACACAAGUGUUGUUACUCGAGCCAGCAACGGUCGUCGUCGUCGUCGCGGUGCAGUUGCGCUGGCAAGAUACUGCUGCUGCUGUUUGUGUGCAUUUUGGAUCUAACCGAUGGCAUGUACCACCACCUUCCGAGCCAGUGGCCAACGCCGGCUGACGUCACACCAAAACCCACUGCCCCCAGGCCACCACCGGAGCCUUACUUUGUGCCAACGGCGUCCAAGAACGCCACCAUCCGACAGGGCGAUCCCGCCUUCCUCAGCUGCCAGGUCGAGAACCUGGGCGCGUACACCGUGUCCUGGAUUCGGGUCCGAGAUCUACACAUCCUGACCGUCGACCGGUACACCUACACCGCCGACCAGCGGUUCCAGUCGCUGCACAACAACGAAACGGGCGAAUGGACGCUCAACAUCAAGUGGACCGAGCGGAAAGACACCGGCAUUUACGAGUGCCAAGUUUCGACGCUGCCCGUCAAAAGCUUGGCACUGUAUCUGAUUGUGCUAGAUGAGUCCGAGCUGGUGCGGAGACAGGAUGAUAUUUUGUACGACCUACCGGUGCCAGUACCGGAACAGCAGUCGAAUCGAGUCAGCUUCAGCAGCAGCAACAGCGGCCAAGCCAACCAGGCAAAUGGAGACAUUUACAAUCGGAUGUAUGCGGAUCGAGACUAUCUGUAUCUGGCCGCCACGACGCAGAUUCUCGAGGGCACCAUGGUGUACGGGUACAAGGGUGAAGAUCUGAACCUGACCUGCAUGGUGAAUCACAACUACGACCGGCGGCCGAACCACGUGAUUUGGUAUCACCAGAAUGAUAUCGUCGCGUACGAACAGCUCCGCAAGCGGGACAGGUCCCCGCUCAACAGCAUCACGUCGUACCACCUGAUACGGAACGUGGACUUUGACGACGCCGGGAACUACACGUGCGCCCCGGAUAUUUACACCAGCGCGAGCACCAUCGUGCAUAUUCUGGACGGUGAUGAGAUGCAGAGCGCGAAAAGUAAUGCGGCCAGUGCCUUCGGGACACUGCCGGUGACGACGAUGACCGCCCUGGCGUGGACGACCGUCUUCGGACUGCUGUGCAUACUCUAUUGCCACCCGGACAAUGCGCGAUGACGGCGACAAGACGACGACAGUUAAUUUAUACAUUUCAAUGUUCGAGGAUUGUAAAUAAUUCAACGAAAGAUCUAGUUGUUAAGCCAAUGAGUUGUACAUUAAAAAUGCGCAUCUUGUAACAUUUAAUAA